UUGAAUGCAAUCAGAACAAAAGUUGCUGAAAUAUCUGGAAAAGAUUCUGAGGAGGUCCGGGUUGUUGCAUCCCCCUAUAGGAUUUGUCCGCUCGGAGCUCAUAUUGAUCAUCAGGGUGGAAUUGUUUCAGCUAUGACCAUCAAUAAGGGUAUACUCCUUGGAUUUGUUCCUUCCGAAGAUUCUCAGGUUCUAAUACAGUCAGCACAGUUCAAGGGAGAAGUUAGAUUCAGUGUAAAUGAAGAACAACUGCCCAAAAGUGCUGCCAAGUUAAAUGAUUCGAGUUCACAGGAGGAAUGUAGCUGGGGAAGUUAUGCCAGAGGAGCUCUUUAUGCAUUACAAAAGAAAGGAAACUCUAUAAAGCAGGGCAUUACUGGAUUUAUCUGUGGUGCUGAUGGUCUAGACAGUUCUGGCCUUAGCUCUUCAGCAGCUGUUGGCAUCGCGUACCUGUUGGCUUUUGAAAGUGCCAACAAGCUCAAGGUAUCCCCUACAGACAAUAUCGAAUACGAUAGGUUAAUUGAAAAUGAAUAUUUGGGUCUGAGAAAUGGCAUAUUGGAUCAAUCUGCCAUAGUGCUUUCUAGCUAUGGCUGUUUGACAUGUAUGAACUGCAAGACCAAAGAACACAAACUUAUACUCGGUCCGCAAUCCAACGGGAACCGUAAAAAUGAGAUGAGCAAGCAAUUCAAGAUAUUACUGGCGUUCUCAGGGUUGAAGCAGGCUUUGAUAUCUGGUAGCGGUUAUAACUCACGAGUCGCAGAAUGUCGAGAGGCUGCAAAAGUUCUUCUUCAGGCCUCUGGGAAAGAAGGGCUAGAGCCUCUCCUGUCCAAUGUUGAACCAGAAGCUUAUGAGGAGCAUAAGUGCAAAUUACAUCCCACUCUUGCUAAAAGAGCAGAGCAUUAUUUCUCAGAGAAUAGGCGAGUCUUGAAAGUGAGAAGCAUAGGGAGAUUUGUGGGUCUCUCCUCGAUUAUCAUCUCGGAUCUUCAUGAAUCAUUGUUCUGUUCUUGA